AUGUCGCCCAGCCAAGUCUUGAAGAAGCCGCGCCUGGUGGUGAUGGGGUCGAGGGAGUAUGCCGUCGACGACUACGUUGCCGACUUUGAGAAGGACUUUGAGUUUACGGUCCUCGACGCGCAGAACCGCCAAGAGGCCCUCGUCAAGCUCCCCGAGCUGGUCAAGAAGACGGGCCCCUUCGACGCCCUCAUCAUCCGCGUCGGCACCGCCGAGUUCGAGCCGUUCGACGAGGCCCUCCUGGGCCCGCUGGUCCCCGGAUGCCGCAUCAUCGCGUCCGCGUCGGCCGGCUACAACGAGUUCGACGUGGAGUGGAUGACGCGCCAGGGCAUCUGGUUCACCAACACGCGGUCGGCCGUGGCCGAGGCGACGGCCGACAUGGCCGUGCUGCUGACGCUGGCGGUCGUGCGCGACGCCUUCCGCGCCGAGCGCGGCGCCCGCUCAGGCACCUGGAAGGCGGGCAUCGUGCCGAGCCGCGACCCGUCGGGCAUGACGCUGGGAAUCGUCGGCAUGGGCAGCAUCGGCAAGCUCGUCGCCAAAAAGGCCGCCGCGUUCAACAUGCGCGUGCGGUACUGGAACCGCACACGCCUGGGCAUCGACGACGAGGCAGAGUACAACGCGCGCCACUGCGCGACCCUGCACGAGCUGCUGGCGCACUCCGACGUCGUGUCCCUGCACUGCCCGCUGACGCCCAAGACGGAGGGCCUGCUGUCGCGCGCCGAGUUCGCCGCCAUGAAGGACGGCGCGUUCCUCGUCAACACGGCGCGCGGGGCGCUCGUCGACGAGGACGCGCUGAUUGAGGCGCUGGAGAGCGGCAAGAUCGCGCGCGCGGGACUGGAUGUGUUUUGCGACGAGCCGGACAUCAAGGAGUAUUUCCGCACGAGCGACAGGGUGGUGUGCAUGCCGCAUGCUGGGGCCAUGACGGACGAGGCAUUUCGCAGGGCGGAGAGGGAGUGCAUGGAGAACCUCCGCGCGUGGCUGCAGACGGGCACGCCAGUGACUCCCGUCAACCACGUUGUUGUUGACAGGGCAGAGAAAAGUGAAGACGGGGAUACGGAGUAA